AUACUGUACACUACAUACUACAAAGGUCAGCAGCAGACGGGUAAGUUUAAGGAUAAUAUCCGGUUCUUGCCUACACCUGUUGGAGACCUCUUGCUAGACUACUUGGUGGUUGUCAUCCCGCUCCUCCAGGUCUUCCUCCGCCGGUCUGCCCCGCAUACCAUUAUCUCUCCGUACUUGUGGUGGCAAGACGGCAAGGUUUGGGCUAACAACCGGCUCACGCGGUGCAUAGAGCAGGCGUGUAGUCGGGCUAGCAUCCCCCGGCUACACAUUGCUAACUAG